UCCAUAUAGACAUGAGAUCUUGGAGACACCCUUAAAGACUAGGAAGAAAGCUGUUAUGUGGACCGGUGAACAUGGCUUCUUGGAUGUGAGUAAUGGAACUGUGUUAUGCAAUACAUAAAAAGACAAGUGUUCUAACAACACCUUCCUGCAGCACACAAAGCCACUGAAGGGAGACAACCAGGUUUUCUAUCCCACUCCUCCAAAGACAGUGCUACCCAACUCUAAACUUCGUGAUUGGGAUUUGUCGUUAUCUGAGCGGACAAGCAACAUGCUGAAAAAUUUGGAGAGGACUCAGUGGGUCACAUCUUAUCAAGAGCACUACACAGGAUCAGGGCCAGCAAAUCCUCUAAAGAUAGAUGACUUCAAGGAAAAAAUAAGUGACCUUACUGGGAUGAAUUCACACACUGCACCACUGAGAGAAAGGUCCUUUCCUGUGUUUGUUCCCUCUAAAGCAAAAGGAGGUUGUAGAAGAAGACUAGGGAGCUGCGUGGUGGUGAGGAGCAUGUGCAGUCCUGAUGAGACUGAACUCCCAAACCAAGGCACUGCUUCAGCUACUAUAAACCAACACAGGCCGCAAGAGAUCACAGUUAAGCAUAAAGAGGCACAGCAUGCAAACCAAUGGGGACAUAGUGAAUCAAGGUACAGCUCUGGCCCCACAGAAGCACAGGGAGCUGAGCUGUCUCAGGAGGUCUUAUACAAACAACAAACUGAGAGCAAAAGCUCUGUGUAUGAGGGCAGGGUGGGAGUAAACUGCAAAGUCCAGUUUGAUGAAAGUCCCAUGCAAGUAUCACAGAGCAGCCAAGAGGCUAAUGCUGCACAAAUCACAGACACAGAGCGACCCCUGGACCUGUACAACAGCCCACUUUCCCACGGAGGGACGGAGGUCAAGAGACAGAAAAGCAUGAUGGAGCUGCGUGUAGAGGUUGAACCAAGUAGCAAAACAAAGUAUUUUAAAGCCAGAAGAAAUGUAUCUAGCCUUAGUGAGUCAGCUGUAGCCAAAGACCUUGCAGGUAUUAAAUCACAUGCAAACUUAUUGUCAAGGGCAGCUUCAGAGCAAGAGAAACUGGGACAGAGCAGAGAGCUGCCUAACCCCUGCAUCUUGCCAAGGCCUCCUGUCCUGCCUGGCAUUCAUUCAGUGGACAGAGUUGGGAGUGUGGGUGGAGAAGGUGCAGCUGUUAGACUCCUGGACCUUCAAAAUUCAUUCAUUAAUUCGAUAGCCCAUCGCAACUUUAACAGCUCCAUCACACGUGCUGCUGUCAACCUGAGGGACAAUGUAGCCACAGGGAAAAAACACAACUUUUAUGGGAUCAACUGUUACUACCUCCAUGGAUAACCUAAUGGACAUGAAUUUUACUUUUCCUGGAAGCAAAUAAUAGCCAUAAUAUUUAGAAUCCCAAAAGCAAGUGAAUACCUCAUUAUAAAAUGUAACCUUAACUGAAUACCACCACUGAGUUUAUAGCAAUUAAAUGUUUAACUUCGAAAAUCAUCUGAAUUUAUGUGCUUUGAAUUCCCCUUCAGAGUCUAAUAUUUAGAGAAAUUACAUCAAGUUGCUCAGUAAGUUAAAUGCAGAUUUAAAGAAUUGGUCAAAAAAUCUUUCAAACACCAAAAUUCAAACUUCAACAUAUGGGCUUCCAAGAAUAAGCAAUGGAGCCUGAGAGGAAACAGGUUAUGUUCAGUCACUUUGUCAUGUUAUCCAAGUUUCUGAUCUGCCUACAAUACAAGAGGAAGUGUUCUUCAUAGCCUGGAUGUUAAAGUUAUACUUUUUUGUUGAUCUUGAAUUUGGCUGAUUUUAAUUUUUAAGAUCAGAAUUUCAGCAACUUGAGAAGAGUUGUCUCUGAAUUUGUAAAGCUUGAACGAACGUAGAGGAGAGAACCACAUAAAUCAAACCACAACAAUUCAUAUAAAUGGUUUUCAAAGACUGCAAUAAAUUAAGUUGUUUUAUUUUCAACCACAGUUGUGGUUAAAUGAUAUUUAGUUGCUUGUAAGACUCAAAUUAUUACAGCUAUAAUUUGCUUCCAUAACAUCCGCACCAAACAGUGGUCGGCACAAAAACAAAGAGUAACUAUGAAGGCUGUAAGAUUUCUUAUAUGCUCACAAUAAAAUGCUGCGAUUCAUCAUUUCUUUCAAGAAACUUUCCAGAUUGUUUAUUUAACUCAGUACUUGCUCAGUAUGUUGUUAGCAUAGUGAACAGCAGGCCAAUUUGCAAAUAUUGUUAAUUUGCUCUUUGGUUCAAUGCUUUUCAUUUGUAAUAUGGUAUUCAUCAGAGCUCAGGAUGUGGCCCAUAAUACAAAAAUGGUCUUAUAUAAGGCUCCCAUAAGCCACAGCUGAUUGUAUGGGUAAAAUAAAAGAAAUAAUCUUCAAA